AUGUUUCUCAAGCAUGAGAAAGACUAUGCGGAUUUGUCUCUUGAGAUCUCAGACUCUAUUGACUGGGAAGCUGGGGUUUUGAGAACCACUCACUAUCGCCUCGAUAUUACCGUGUCUGCUGUCGACCCUGUUUCUGGUCUUCUAGCAGUCGGGACAUCGAAGGGCCUUGUUGCCUUAUAUGGCUCACCGGGAGUUGAAUGCACGCUUAGGCUAUCUGACGCGCCGGACGCGCGAGUGCAGCAUUUACACUUUGUGCCAUCGCUCUGCAAACUGUGCUGUAUUGAUGAGCAUGAUCGCCUCCAUAUUUGGGACCUCACAACGAUAGGCGCACCCAAGCUACAGAAGAUUGUUAACUUGCCUCGUCCAGUGAACUGCUUACUGGUGUCGCCUUCACAUACCCAUGCUUUGAUAGCGCUCUCCAAUGGCGAGAUUAGAAUGUAUGAUCUGCUCUGCCUUCGCAUGUCUCCAUACACAGUGCCGCCAAACCUGUGGUCACUGUACGAAGAGAAGGUGCAAGCUUCUGGUAUGCCUGCUAUACCCACUUCAGAUUCAAAUACGAUUCUUGAUAUGGUAAUCCAUCCCAGAGAUGUCAAUCUGCUAUUUAUUGCAUUCGGAGGUGGCGUGAUUUUAUACGACUUGAGACAACGCGAGAUGGUCCGUGUUUACGAAUUGAUCCUGCCCCCAGGAGCACCUGGAGGAUCGGGAUAUUAUACAGCGGACAUCCUGUUACCGCGUCAUUCCUCAGUGACGGCGUUGUCUAUUCAUCCGUCGGGCCAUAUGUUGGCAGUCGGGUACACAGACGGCAGUAUUGCGUUCUGGGCUCUGCAGGAUGAGGAACGACCGCUAUUAGUCCGCACGCUCGACAACGAGGAUGAUGUUGGCGUCGUGGAUGUGGCCAAGCUUGAACUUUUUCUUCCCUCUGGUCAGCCCUCAAAUGAACAGCCAAAACCCUCUGUAGAUGCGCGCGAACCAAUUUUCAAAUUGUCGUGGAGCGGUUUUCCCAAUUCAUCUGAUCCUCGCGGCGGUGACACUACUCUCACAGUGCUCGGAGGGUUUGGCAAUAAGGAUUCCCAAGGAAUUACCGUGUUCCUUUUCCCGCCACUCAAUCCCCCGGCUUCACCUCCCGCUGCAUCAGCGGCUCACAAAGCGCCAGUUCCUCCGCCUCUGCAUAACAAUACCCGUAUAGCAAUGCGAGAGACACUAACGCCUCUAGAUUCACAUAUAUACUUGUCUGCUGGGGCUGUGCAAGAUUUCUUGUUGAUUCCCCGAGAAAGCCCACACUUCGCAUGUACAUGGGACCCCCAAACGAUCCUGCUCUUAUCAGAUUCGGAUUUGGACUCUAGUGGAAAAACUCGCAUAAUGGUCGGAUAUGAGUUUCCCCCACCCGCAUUCCUUCCCGUUACGACGAGUCCGAUUGUCGCUCAGUCACCCAGUAUAUCGGGGAGCGAUAAUCCGACGGAGGCACUCACUCAAGAAUUGGCAUCCACGCUUCAAUCUAUGUCGCUCUCUGCAGAUCCCGAACAAAUUGGAUUACCAUUAGAGUUUUGGGAUGCAUUGGGGGGUGUAAUUAUCCAACUCGAGCGAGACCCUUAUGAACAACUAUCGAGCGCUGACGCGGAUCGAGGCUAUCUGCCAACCUGGGGAGGUAAAGCUUGGGUUGAAGAUGCAGAUGGUCAAAUGAAACUCAUGAAGUAUCAGCCGCGUCGCGUACUGAUAACGCACGAUCUUGAUCUUUCCGUCCGCUUUCUUGACCUCAGUGCGCAGCUUCUCGUGAGUUCGUUGGACAACCCUCUCUCAGCUACAUUCCCCAAACCCUGGCCUGCUCUGACAAUCGAGGUAUCUCCUGUCAUUCAUGAUCCUUCUCUCCAUCUCGUUACUUCUCCCUCCAGCUCCCUUCAUGUGUCAUCAUCAUCUUCGCAGUCAACUUUCGAGCAAGCCAUUCACGGAGGACAGCUUCACAUCGCUUCAGUUCACAUUGCUCCUGAAUCAUUGGAAUGUAUGAUCGCUUUGACAAACGGGGCCCUCAUUGUGUAUAGAUUGCGCUCGGGAGAAGGAGAGGCCGCUGUAAAUCCUCCUGACGAAGAACUGGUAUCCCUUACUCAUAUAUCAAGCACGCGGAUGUUUCAGCCAUUCUUCGCUGUAAAGCCUGGGCAAGGAGCCAUCACUGCGUGUGCUGUAGCAGAUACAGGCAAGUGGCAUGAUAAUGCUUUCUCGCUGUCGCAUACUCGUUUGGAGUUCUACUCGUCAUCGAUAUGCGUGGACCGCGGGUUAUUUUGCGGACGACGGCACCUUCACAGACCCAGCAUAGACAUUCCAUUCUUCCUCGGGACUCGACCGCUGAGCGAGAUUCUAUCACAUCGCUUACCUGGGCAGUAUGCCCACUGGCGUCAGGUACCGCAGCCGUUCAAUUGGGAUUUUGUUCCACGCAUCCGACUUAUCGCAAGCACCUCCGCUGGGCACACGAUCGUUCACACCCUCACACGCAGCCCAUCUGGUGCCUGGACAGUGUCCAGCUCUCCAAAAAUAAUCGAGGCUUCUAUGUACCCCAUCCCUGGGGGCUCCGUCGGGCUCAGUGCUGCCCUUGCUAACGAUAAACUUGUAGAUCGGGGUCAUGAAGUUGACAAUAAUGUCAAGCACAAGGAUUGCAUAUGGGUCAGUGCUGGCGCGAAAGGUGUGAAGUGCGUUGCUGAUGUCGACGGGGAACGGAUUGCGCGAACGGAGUGGGGGAGCAAAACGGGCGCUGUUCGGAGGGUGGAAAUAGUCGACAAGAAUGGUGCAUCCGCAUUGGUGGCAUUCACAGAGCGCGGUGAGGCGCUCGUCUAUUCACUCCCCUUCCUCAAGCAUUUGCACACUCUCCAGCUACCUCAGCACUCUAUAUCGUGA